AUGGAGCAGAUUAGGGCAGAAGUUCGAACGAGCUUGCGAAUUACAGGCGAUGUGCAAGUAGGAUCGGUGAAUGCGAAAACUAUUCUCCUCCGGUUCUCGUCUGAAGAAGAUUGCAAGAGAGUGCUUAUGAGGAACUGGGCGACAGUGAGCGGUGCGAGAGCUUGGCUUUCGAGAUGGUCUCCAGAGUGGAGACCGUGGUGCGACUCGCCGUUUGUUCCGGUAUGGAUUGAGUUCCCUAAUCUUCCAUUUCAUUUAUUUGAUUUUUCAAUGCUUGAGCGAAUUUGUGAGCCACUAGGGAAGAUAAUUGAUGUAGAUAGGGCAACUGAAAUGAGGUCUCGCCCUAGUGUUGCGAAGGUUAGGAUUGAGAUUGAUAUGCGCAGGCCUGUGUUGCAUUGGAUGUGGAUUGGAGCAGGGGUAAAAGGUUUUUGGCAGAGGAUUUGCUAUGAUUUUAUACCAAAGUAUUGCACUGAAUGUUGUUGUUUUGGUCACCUUGUGAAUAACUGUCGAAGAAAAAAGAAAAUAGGAGAGGAGGGUGAGGACAUAACUGGUGGUGGAAAUGGUGAAGGGGAGCAAGCACCAGCAGAGAAUGAGAAUAGGUGCAUGCCACAUGUUUGUGAGAAUGUUUCAAUGAUAGAUGAAGUGCAAGCUGCUGCAAGGCUGGAGGCAGAGGCAGUCCAAGUGGAACAAAGUUUGGAGGAAUUAGCUAGGAAAGGGAUUAGUGUUGAUCAGUUUAUAGGUGAGGCAGUUCUUGAGGCUGCUGUACACAUUAUUGAGAAAGCUGCAGAUGAUGUAAUGGAAGAAAAGGGGGUGGAGGAGGUGGAAAAAGAGGGGGGUGGACAGGCAGCUGCUACUGGGCUUGUAACCCCUCACCUAUUCCAGUAA